GGUCCCCGGAACAAAUAGUCCUCGGACUGUUCUGAUUCCUGACCAUCUUCGACCGCGAUGGAGCUUGAGACUGCGCUCAAGGCGGACGCGCUGGCCGCGUUCGCUCGGUCCAUCGAGGUCGCUCUGGGCCCGGCCACCGUGUCCCGCGGCAAGGUGGUCCUUGCGGUGGAUGCGUCGCAGCUGGCCAUCUUCGAACUGCUGGCCUACGGCUCAGGCGGCAGCGAGUUCUACGAUAAACUCGGGAUCUCUCGCCUUUUGAGCGUGCAGCUUCACGCAGGCGACACGGCCCAACUGCAGCGACAAUUGGACAUCUCCAAGGACCCACAGGCCAAUCAGGAGCAGGGGAGGAAGACGCUGGACGUGGCCGUGGUGGCCCCGCCAUUACCCACCGUGGCCAAGCGUCUGGCCGAUGCGCUGCGCCCCCUGGAGCUCGUUGCCACUCGGCGCUGCGCCGUGUUGUGGCUGCCCACGGCCACGUCUGACGUGACCCUAGAGAUGGAGCGUCAGGGCGUUGCGGGAUUCAUCCGCCAGGCCAACUUGUCCCUGGGCCUGAUCCCCGUGGACCGGGGCGUCGCGGCCCUGUGCCACGACAGCGUUUUCGGAGAGCUCUAUGUGAAAGGCGACAGCCGGGCAUUGACAGACGUGGUCAAGAGUGUGCUGGCCGUGGAGAAACACACAGGACGCAGAAUCUUAGACGUAACGUGCCAUGGAUUCUUCGCUCAACGAGUCAAAAAGAUGCUGGAGCUGGCCCACAGACAACAGCAAAAGAUCAAGAUGAACCGGGCGGCCGGUGUGAAGGAAGGAGAGGCCGACGUGGCCACGGCCAUGGAUAAAUUGGUGGUGAUUGAUAGAAUGGAAGAUCCCUUAUCAAUGCUUCUGACGCCCAUGACGUAUGAAGGACUACUAGAUGCACUGGUGGGGGUCAAUCACGGCGUCGUCACGUACGAGAAGGAAGAAGAAGAAACGGAAGAAGUUCCGAGUGAUAGACCCCCCAGUAAUACUAACAGCUCGACAACGCAAAAAGUGGUGCUGAACCACCUCGACGCGCUAUUCGACGAGAUCCGCGACGUUAACUUCAACUUGGUAUCGAACCAGCUGGUCGAUGUCGCCAAGGACUUGGCCACUGAGGUUCGUGGCAGCUCGGCCGGGUCUACUGUCGGCUUGCCUAAGGACAGCCAGGCUGAGUUCCAGAAGGUCAAGGCUCUACUGGCUAAAGCCCCUCAUUUGGUCAAGAAGAAGCGCUCGCUGGCCCACCAUUUGCAACUGGUACAGCGGAUCCGUGAACUGAGUACGCAACUUGCUCUACGUGGCUGUGUGGAGACGGAAAUGACCAUCAUGAGUGCUGGUCCGCGUGCAUCGUCCGCUGCAGCUAAAGAUGUGGACAAUUUCUUGGAGGAAGCCAUCUUACGUGAACCUCCACUGAAUCUCUACGACGUCGUCAAGUUACUGUGUCUCUGCUCUCUUGUUCGUGGCGGCCUCAAACCAGACAGAUUGGCAUGGUAUCGCCAACAACUCUGUCAUACUUAUGGCCAUCAGAUCCUGCCAUUACUCGUGCAACUGGAGAAAAUGGACUUGCUGAGUGUGGAGAACCGCUUCGACUUCCCGAAGAUGCGCAAACAGCUUCUACUAAUGCGUGGCGCUCUGGAUGACGAGGACACGAGACAUCCCACCGACAUCCACUUCAUGUUCCCGUACACGGGCUAUGCUCCGAUGAGUAUCCGGUUGCUGCAAGAUUCGCUCGGUAUGAAGUAUAAGACUCUCGCUAAAGACCCGAAUUCGUCGUUGCUCAGUCUGGGAAGCAACAACUCCAGCCACCACAGUAUGUCCGAUUCUUCGUCGAGUUUGGACAAUAGCAGCGGUGGGAAGCGCAUCAAUGUGCUGGUAUAUUACGUCGGUGGCGUUACAGUCGCAGAGCUCACAGCCUUCCGCUUCCUGAACCAUAAACAGAGCGACUUCACGUUCUUCAUCGCUGCCACGUCCAUCUGUAACGGUAGUCGUCUUCUACGUGCCAUUUACUGAGUAAACGCGUAAGUUUUUGAGGCGAGAAAAAGAGUAAAUGCACUGUUCAUUUUGUCAAGAGUUUGUUAGUUUAUGCCAACACUGGGCUGAGCAGAGCAAGCGUCUUCA